UUUUUGUUUGUGUUGUGUUAAAUAAAAUAAACUGACUAUAACACUGAAACUAAGCUUCUGCCGCCAUCCACCAAUGAAACUUGAAAGUGAAGAUUAGAAAGAGUGCUUUCAGGAGUUUCAGCUUUCACUUCGUAUAAUCAAAUAGUUAAUCAGCGUAAGCAAUACAGAUUAAUUUCUUCCGACAGUCAGGAAAUGGAACGCUACAACAUAAAUCGCAUGGCCUUACCUCACUCUGGCCAAGACUCUUACAUUGCUGUCCAGAACAGUAUUUUCCCAGAAUUUAAGGAUCAUGAAAUAACUGGGGAUGAAGAAAAUUUCAUUCUAAAAACAAGAACAAGAUUUGAAGCAGCUGUAAAAAAAUUCAAAGCACCUAACACUCUUCCAAUUAUUUUCAGAAACAGUUGUAAAAGGGGAUCAUAUUUAGAUGUUGAAAUCAGGAGACUAAAACUAUCCGCUAAGAAUCCUCCUGAUGAACCUCUAGUAACAUUUACUUUUGCUGAAGAUAUCUUUGCAGAAUUAUUAAUCAAGUUUUCUGAAGACUAUCCCAAAGGGAAAUAUAAACCAUAUUUGCUACUAGACAAGCCAACAAAUUUUGUCACUCUAAGAAAAGAGUUUUGCCCCGAAGACGCAUUUGAGGAAGUGUUUACUAGUAAUCCAUUGUAUUAUUCAGCCGAUAAAGAAACAUUGAAAAAAAGUCGAUACGUUGAGCCAGAUGAGGAAAAAUGGAAAACUCAUGAAGGUUGUUUAGCCAUGUACUCGCGAGUGGAUGAUAAUGAAGUCCAGUUUAUAGUAGAUUUUUCUGUAAUUUAUCCUGAAAACAUUUGGUCCACUGCGAUGGUUAUUUGUUGGGACUGUGGCAAAGCUGCUGAAAUUGAUUUGUGCCAUGCUGUUAGAGAAGCAGCUAGAAAAGAAAUCUAUCAGAACAUUGCUAUGUGUAACAUUCAGAGAAGGGCUGCAGAACGAGAACGAUGUGUGAUACAUUUACCAAUCACCAACUCCCUCCAAACUCACUGUUCCUUCCGAGAAGGACUAAUGGGAUUCACUCCUCUCACUCAAAGUGGGUCCGACAAACCUUCCUUGUUUGUGAGGACUCGCAUCACCUUCUAUACGACUGAAUUAUCUAGACUGGGUGAAGUGCUUCAUAGCCAUGAAUAAAAUGUUGAAAUCAGUUGAAAUUUAUUUUAAAGUGUGAUAUAUGCAUAAAUAAAAACAAGAAAGUUUCUUUUGGACGUA